AGAACUCUGCUUUGUCAAUCAGGGUAUAUGUGACCAUGCAUCUCGAGAAUUAAGUUACAUUCCGUGUUAUUCGAAGAGUAUUAGUAAACAUGUCAGGACGAGGCAAACAAGGUGGUAAAGUCCGUGCUAAGGCCAAGACUCGCUCAUCUAGAGCCGGUCUGCAGUUUCCAGUUGGUCGUGUGCACAGACUGCUUCGAAAGGGGAACUACGCUGAGCGUGUGGGAGCCGGUGCUCCUGUCUAUUUGGCUGCAGUGCUCGAGUACCUCACCGCUGAGAUCCUGGAGUUGGCCGGUAACGCUGCCAGGGAUAAUAAGAAGACCCGCAUCAUCCCCCGGCACCUGCAGCUCGCUGUGAGGAACGACGAGGAGCUCAACAAGCUACUCGGUGGUGUCACUAUUGCUCAGGGCGGUGUUCUGCCCAACAUCCAGGCUGUGCUCCUGCCCAAGAAAACGGAGAGCAGCAAACCGGCCAAGGCCAAGUGAGCACAGAACCCGAACUGUAAUCUCUAUCACAACCCAAAGGCUCUUUUCAGAGCCACCAACCCUUCAUAAAGCAGCUGCACUUAUCUAUUUUAUACCAUUUACUUUUCAAAGUAAAAAUAAAUAUUUUCUUUUGCA